UUUCGGCUAUUUUCGCUGUUGCUGGCUUUUACAGGAGCUGCUCGCUCGCAGCCAGAGACGCUGCUUUUUUUUCCGGGUUCGGAGCCGUUCCGGAUGCUUUAGGCUGCCGGAUGUCUGAUCUCCGGAUAACUGAGGCGUUUCUGUACAUGGAUUAUCUGUGUUUUAGAGCACUUUGCUGCAAGGGACCACCACCUGCACGACCAGAAUAUGACCUGGUUUGCAUAGGCCUCACAGGCUCUGGCAAAACCAGUCUGUUGUCCAAACUCUGCAGUGAAAGCCCCGAGAACGUCGUGUCGACCACAGGUUUUAGUAUUAAAGCAGUGCCAUUCCAGAAUGCCAUCUUGAAUGUAAAAGAACUUGGAGGGGCUGAUAAUAUCCGGAAAUACUGGAGCCGCUACUACCAAGGAUCUCAAGGGGUAAUAUUUGUAUUAGACAGUGCCUCUUCAGAGGAUGAUUUAGAAGCUGCUAGAAAUGAGCUGCACUCAGCUCUUCAGCAUCCACAGUUAUGCACUUUACCCUUUUUAAUAUUGGCCAAUCAUCAAGACAAGCCAGCAGCUCGCUCAGUACAAGAGAUCAAAAAAUAUUUUGAACUUGAACCACUUGCACGUGGAAAACGCUGGAUUCUACAGCCCUGCUCACUGGACGACAUGGAUGCACUGAAAGACAGCUUCUCUCAGCUGAUUAAUUUGUUAGAAGAAAAAGACCAUGAAGCUAUAAGAAUGUGAAAUCUGGCAAAGAAAACAGGCUCCCAAAGGCCUUGAACCUACCAUGUUAGUUUCUCAUUUUAAUUUUAUUUUGGUAUCAAGACUAUAUUGGCUUCAGUAUCUAUUUUUCUCUGGUCAUUUCAGACUCUCAUCUCUCUAUUAAAGUGAAUAUUCUGUAGAUCAGAUGAAUUAUCAUCGGCAUUAACGUCAAGCACACACUACUGAGAGAGAAUUUAUUCUCUGUUUACCACUAAUUAUCUUCACCGCAUGUCUCUUCCUUCUGUUGUUCUAAGCAUCUCUUCUAUACUCUAUGCUAAAACGGAUGGAAUUCAUGGCUUAUGGAAAUCAAAUCCCUUUUGAAGAACUCAAAAAGACUCACAAGACCUUGAUCCUUUUUUCUGGGUUUGGGAGUGGGGUAUUAUGUGACUGGGACUCCACAAAAUAUGUAUAUUAUUUUCAAGAUCUCUUGGGCGUUUUGUUUUAUUUUAUCUUACUUUUAUUAUUAUCAUUAUUAUUUUUUGUAUACUGAACUUAUAGACUAUGAGAGAAAAGUGAGCAUCAAAAACUUAAUUAUCCCCUUAUCAGGAAGGAAUAUCCUGCCAUAGUAAAAUUAGCUCUGAAGAGCUUAGAGACAAGUUGCAUAAUGUUUUCUUGAUUAUAUCUGAAGUCUCCUCUCUUUUAAGAGCAAAGACAUUGUUUCAGUUUUUGAGAGCAGUUAGAGGAAACUUAGGUACAAUGCAUGCAUCACAGACUGCAUUUGACUGAGUCGA